AUGAAUAAGGCUUCACUUAAAUCUAAAUAUCCAAUACUGAGAAACCUGUUUAUUACUGCAACAUGGAUACCUGUAGUAUUAACAAUAACAACCAAUGUAACUAAUAUUGCACAAAUCGAUGGGAUUUCAAUGAGGCCAACUUUAAACCCAACAGAUUUUUCAAAAGAUUGGGUAUUAUUAUGGAAAUGGAAAUGGUCUUUAUAUAAAAAUUUGAAAAAAAAUGAUAUUAUAAUAUUUAAAUCACCUAUGGAUUAUAGGAAAAAAUUAUGCAAGAGAAUCACAGGAAUUGAAAAUGAUUUAAUUACUACAAAACACCCUUAUCCUGUAGAUAGAGUUGUCUUACCUAAAUCACAUUUAUGGGUGAAUGGAGAUAAUACAUUCCAUUCGAUAGAUAGUAAUACAUUUGGUGCAAUUUCUAGUGGGUUAGUAAUUGGUAAAGUUGUUUGUGUUAUAUGGCCUCCAAGUAGAUGGCAAUUUUUUUCAAAUGAUGAAUAG